GCGGCUGUGCGCAGGCGCGGCGGUCGCGCGGCGGUCGGUCGGUGGAGCAGCCGGCAGCCAUUGUCGCCGCGGCCGCAGAGCGGUUCCCUCACGGCCAGCGAGACUCGCCGCUCCGCGACGCAUCACCCUUAAGAUGAGUGGCUGCCGUGUCUUUGUUGGGCACUUGAGCUCACGUGCUCGUGAACGGGAUGUGGAGAAGUUCUUCAAGGGAUAUGGUCGCAUACGAGAAAUCCAUCUGAAAAAUGGAUUUGGGUUUGUGGAAUUUGAAGACCACAGGGAUGCUGAUGAUGCAAUUUAUGAACUAAAUGGUAAAGAGCUGUGUGAUGAAAGGGUCACAAUUGAACAUGCUCGAGCCCGAAGAGGAAGGGGAAGAUUCUCGCAACGGUUCAGUUACUACCAGUCGCAGAGUGGAUCUAGCCGGUAUGGGCCCCCUGUUCGUACUGAACACAGGAUCAUUGUUGAAAACCUUUCAUCCCGUAUCAGCUGGCAGGACUUGAAAGAUGUCAUGAGAAAGGCAGGGGAGGUCACCUAUGUUGAUGCACACAGAAACAACAGGAAUGAAGGGGUUGUGGAGUUUGCAUCUUACAGUGACAUGAAGAGUGCACUGGAAAAACUGGAUGGCACUGAGCUGAAUGGACGCAGAAUUAAACUGACUGAAGACCACAGAAGGCAUCGAAGCAGAUCUCGAUCAAGGAGUUACUCAAGAUCUCGCAGCAGGUCCAGGUCUACAGGAUCCUCCAGAUCGGACAGCCGGUCCCGCUCCCGGUCAAGGUCCCGGUCCAGGUCCAGGUCUCGCUCUCGAUCCCGAUCUCGCUCUCGAUCCCGCUCUCGUUCUCGCAGUCGUACUCCUAAAAAGAGUUACUCCCACAAAAGCCACCGCUCCAGCUUGAUAGCUUCUUCCCCCUCUCCCUCUUCUUCUAAAAGAAAAUCUCGUUCUAGGUCGAGCUCUGCUCAUAGCCGUAGUUAACCUGCUUUGAGAGAUGUAUUAAUUAAUUUGAUUCAAGUUUCUUCAAGACUUGAGAUGAGUUAUAUGUGAGAUCUGGGAGGGGAAGAGUUAACAUGAUGAAAGGGUGACCUCCUCUUACAUUGCCAAAGUGCCUGUCAUCAAAUAGGCCAUCUCUGUGAGGAGGGGCUGGCUGUCAGCUUUCUUCUUUCAGUGAAGUCUGGAGUGGGAAGUCUUUUUUAUUUUUUUCCCUGCUAUUAGUAAACAUUUCUAUCAUAGAUAUAUUAUGUACACAUAAUGCUGAGGUAAUGGGAUGAGACAAUACGCUGCUUUCUCCCUCUCUUGCCCCUACUUUCCCCUCCACCUCCAAGGCCUUUGACUUCCAAAAUACUAUGUUAGCUUUUGUCCUUGGUAUUAAGUCUGAGAACAGGAAGUAUAGAUUUAAUUCCUUUAAGGUUCUGUGGCUACUUUUCUGUGCGAGAAUGAAUGGACCAGAUAAAAUUAGUUUAGAGUUCCCCUUUUUCCCUGUUGCUUGGCUUAACAGGCUGUUUAAGUUCCAGCUUUACAUGACCUUGACAAUAUGCUUAAUUUGCAAAAGACUUUCAGGAAUACACAUUGGUUAGUUGAAUAUCGCUCACUUGGAUAAUGGAUUAAUACAAUGUUAAGCAGUAAUGAAAGCUGGAAUUUUCUGUUAAAAUGAGACAUACCAUCCAGAUGUCAGGUUUAUUGGGAAUCCAUUAUAAUAAUUUUACAGUAAUUCACUAGUAUGUGGUAUUGUAUGUAUAGGCCUUAUUUGACAGGUGACUUCAUAAAACUGCACAGAAAUGUCAAUAUGCAUGUCCAUGUUUUUGAUGUUUAUAAAAGUGACAUAGCUUUCAUACCCAAAAGUGUGAUACUAAAUAACAUGUGUAUGACUAGCAAUAGUCUUGAUGGAAAGGAAGGUUAUUUUAGUAAUGAGAGCAGCAAAAAAAUUUCCCAGGAAAAGUGUAGUCAAAAUCUCCGGAAUGCACAGUUGUUUUGAUUAAUAGAAAUUUCCACUGCAAAUACUGUUGUUCUUACAAUUUGGAAUUAGAUAAUUUUUUUUUUUAACUUCUGUAUUGUCAAAGAAGGGAAACAUUUUUGGAAGAAAUAUGUAAAUUAAUCCCAAAGUCUUACAUGUAUUUAAAUGUACCAUUCCUAAUAAAAUCAAUCCUUUUUCUGGCUUA